UCACAAUUUUAGGUAUCGAUACAUUUACAUCUAGGUAUACCUACUCUUAAUAUAAUACUAUCACAAGUUUAAGAUUAACUAAACCAUAUACCACACCAUACAGAUAUACAUUCUGAUUUAGCAAAUGGGGAUGGGAAGGGGAUUGUUAGUAAUGAUACACAUCACAAUAUAUUCCGUGGAUCUUAUUCCAUGCGAAGCCAUUACAUAACGGCAGGCGUGGCCACUGCCGGGGUCCUCGGAGGCGCGUACUGCGCCUACCGUUUGUACGAACGUACAAGUAAAGUAAAAAUCCCUGAAAAUUGGACGCAAGUGGGUACACUGAAAGACCUCUACAUAUACCCAAUUAAGUCCUGCGGUGCUGUGCAAGUCGAUAAAGCGGAGUGCUCACUCUUAGGCUUGAAAGAUGGGUGGCUUAGAGACAGAUUCCUGAUGAUAGUAGAUAACCAAAAUAACUUCAUUACUGCCAGAGCUUACCCCGAGUUGCUGUUAAUACAACCUUCCGUGAAAGGUUCCGUGCUUACUUUGAAUCGAGCCAACAUGGAGCCUAUUAGCGUAAAUUUAGCCGAGGUGGUGUCACUGCAAAAACCACAGACGGCGACGGUGUGGGGAGUUACAGUCCCUGUAUUCGACUGCGGGUGGUCAGUAAGCGAAUGGUUAUCAAGACUUAUUGAUCAGUCCACCACUAACUUCCGAUUGGUAUAUUAUGCUGCACAAAGCAGCCGAGAUUUACGUGUAAAAUCAAUUAAUCCAAUAUUCAAAUUUGGAAAGGAUGAUACGGGUGCUUUGCCUGAUGAAGUCCCAUUCAACCUAAUAAAUGAGGCUUCAGUAGACGAUCUGAAUACACGCUUGGAGGAGACGCAAGUAUCAUCACGAGUGUUCAGACCGAACUUCGUGUUGUCUGGUGGUAAGCCUUACGAUGAAGACAAUUGGAAGUUUGUUAAAAUUGGCGACAACGUGUUUGAAAUUAUUAAACCAUGUACUAGGUGCAUAAUGACAACAAUUGAUCCAGAAACUGGAAUACGAUACCCCAAGACUGAACCGCUAGAGACUUUGAAAACUUACCGCCAAUUAGAGGACCCCGCGGCGCGCAAAACGGCAGGAAGCUCACCACGCAUGGGUUUGCAGAUGGCGUUGCGUUCUGAGCCUGGGACUCUUAUUUCCCUUAACGACCCAAUUUAUGUUGCAUAAUUUUUUUAUUUGUUCCAAUCAUUUUCCUUUUAGACUAGAUGCAUGAAGUUUCAGUUAUGUAUAAAAUACUGAUUGUUAAUAAACAAUAUUAUAA